UUAUCAUCUACAUAUUCUCGUCCUCUGCUUUUUCCAGUUUGCUUCUUUGUACAUUUCUUCAGCCUUCUUACUCAACUCUUGCUUCAGUGUUCGUCUCUCUUCAUUUUUGAGGUAGUUGUGGAGACAAAAAAAUCUAGAAGUAAGACAUACAUAUAUAAUCAGGAAGAUGUCAAACGCAAGUGAUGGCAGCAGAGAAGUCAGGGAACCAUUAGUAAACAAGGAUAUGGCUGAAUCAAAACCGGAGCAGCCGUGGAUGGUUUAUCUUAGCACGUUCGUUGCAGUUUGUGGUUCUUUUGCUUUUGGUUCAUGUGCAGGUUACUCCUCACCAGCUCAGGCUGCAAUUAGGAAUGAUCUUUCUCUGACAAUAGCUGAGUUUUCACUCUUUGGUUCUUUACUGACUUUUGGUGCAAUGAUUGGUGCUAUCACAAGUGGGCCAAUAGCUGACUUAAUUGGAAGAAAAGGGGCAAUGAGAGUUUCUUCUGCAUUUUGUGUUGCCGGUUGGCUAGCAAUCUUCUUUGCCAAGGGAGUAUUGGCUCUGGAUCUCGGAAGACUGGCGACGGGUUACGGAAUGGGAGCAUUCUCUUAUGUGGUACCAAUCUUUAUAGCAGAAAUUGCACCUAAAACCUUCCGAGGAGCUCUAACCACACUAAAUCAGAUUCUGAUCUGCACUGGAGUGUCGGUUUCCUUCAUUAUAGGGACAGUGGUGACAUGGAGAGUCUUAGCACUAAUAGGACUCAUCCCAUGUGCUGUCUCCAUUCUUGGCCUCUUCUGUAUCCCUGAGUCUCCAAGAUGGCUGGCAAAGAUGGGGCGUGAUACAGAAUUUGAAGUUGCACUGAGGAAGCUCCGUGGGAAGAAGGCUGAUAUAUCAGAGGAAGCAGCUGAGAUUCAGGAUUAUAUCGAAACUCUGGAAAGGCUUCCGAAAGCCAAGGCGCUGGAUCUGUUUCAGAGAAGAUACAUACGCUCUGUUCUUAUAGCAUUCGGGCUGAUGGUGUUUCAGCAGUUUGGAGGAAUCAACGGGAUCUGUUUCUACACUAGCUCUAUAUUUGAGCAAGCAGGUUUCCCCACAAGACUUGGGAUGAUAAUAUAUGCUGUUCUUCAGGUCCUAUCUUAUUUAUAUAACGAAAACCAAUCCAAUGUUUAUUAUGUUCUUAAUCUCUCUAUUGGUUUGUUAAUUAACAACCAGGUUGUAAUCACUGCGCUUAAUGCACCAAUAGUUGACAAAGCCGGAAGAAAGCCAUUGCUACUGGUUUCUGCAACAGGGUUAGUGAUAGGCUGCUUGAUCACGGCGGUCUCAUUCUAUCUCAAGGUUCAUGACAUGGCACAGAAAGCAGUCCCUAUCCUCGCUGUUGUUGGUAUAAUGGUGUAUAUAUCAUCGUUUUCAGCUGGAAUGGGAGCAAUGCCGUGGGUUGUCAUGUCUGAGAUAUUUCCAAUAAAUAUAAAAGGAGUAGCAGGAGGCAUGGCGACACUGGUGAACUGGUUUGGAGCGUGGGCUGUUUCUUACACUUUUAACUUCCUCAUGUCCUGGAGCUCUUAUGGAACUUUCAUCAUUUAUGCCGUGAUCAACGCGCUGGCCAUUGUCUUUGUCAUCGCGGUGGUGCCUGAAACCAAAGGGAAGACAUUGGAGCAGAUACAAGCUGUUGUCAAUCCAUAGAUGAAAUCUUAGAUAUUAAAUCCGUAUGGGAAAUUAUCCAUCUUGAAUGCUUUUAAGAUUCUUCACUAAACUAUUAUCAAUCUCUAGUGUCUACUUAAUGCCCACUUUGGAGUUCAAACGGACGGCUCAAAAUUUUCGAUGGUGUGUGACCAGUGGCUGAGGCAGAAAAUUAUUUUAUUGGGGGCAUAGAUAUAAAACUAAAUAUAUGAUAUUAAAUAAAAAAUCUCUUAAAUUUAAAAAGGCUUACAAAAAAAAGUUUAUAAGCAUAUUCUACGUUCAGCCAUGGUUUGAAAGUUUUUCUCCACUGUUUCAUUUGUCACU